UAGACAACUUGAAUUCAAUACAAUAUUACAAACAUUAAUUCAGAAUUGACGAUAGCAGCUUUUAAAUUCCAACUCUCAACUACAUAUUGAAUGCUUACAAUCAAACUUGAGGUGAACCUGUUUCUCUCUACACAUUGAAAGUAAAAAUGGCGCAAUCUGGAGAUGGACUCAAUCGACCUGCCGAUGAAUUAAGCUCAGACCUCGAAAAGGUGCUAUCGAACACUAGUUUGCCGUGUCUGAAGCGGCUGGUGAUGGCAUCAUGGAUUGAAAUAAAAACCCUAUUUCGACUUGCUGCACCUGCAAUCAUGAUGUACUUGAUUAACAAUUCCAUGAUCAAUGCUACCAGGAUCUUAUCUGGUCACCUUGGCAAUCUUGAGUUUGCAGCUACGAAUCUUGGCAACAACGGCAUUCAACUAUUUGCCUUUGGCCUUCUUCUAGGAAUGGGAAGUGCGGUCGAAACCUUAUGUGGUCAAGCAUAUGGUGCCGGGAGAUAUGAAAUGUUAGGCAUCUAUUUACAAAGAGCAACUGUGGUUCUUUUCUUGUUCAGUCUUCCAAUAACCUUAAUCUAUAUAUUUUCGAAACAAAUCUUAAUUGUCAUCCAUGAAUCAAAAGACGUGGCAUCACUGGCAGCAGUGUUCGUCCACGGCCUCAUCCCACAGCUUUUUGCAUACACCGUCAACUUUCCAAUACAAAAAUUUCUUCAAGCACAGAGUUUAGUACACCCCAGUGCUUAUAUUUCAUUGGCCACUGCUGGGGUGCAUGUACUCUUAUCCUGGGUUGCAGUGUACAAGAUCCGUCUUGGAUUAACUGGGUUAUCGAUGGUAUUGAGUUUUUCUUGGUGGAUCAUUGUUGUGGCCCAGUUUGUUUAUAUCUUAUUGAGCCCAAAAUGUAAGCCCACUUGGAAUGGAUUCAAAUGGGAGGCUUUUAAUGGGCUUUGGGAAUUUAUGAAAUUAUCAAUUGGCUCAGCAGUGAUGCUGUGCUUAGAAACGUGGUACCUUCAGGUACUAGUCUUGAUUGCAGGACUUGUUGAGAACCCUGAACUUGCCUUGGAUGCACUUUCGAUAUGCUUGUCAAUAAAUAGCAUAUUAUACAUGAUUGCUAUAGGGUUCAAUGCUGCUGCUAGCGUUCGAGUGAGCAAUGAGCUUGGAGCAGGGAACCCUAAGUCAGCAGCCUUUUCUGUUUUCGUGGUCAAUCUUGUUUCAUUCAUUCUUGCCGUGAUGGUUGCUGCAGUCAUAUUAUCACAACGUCAUGUAAUUAGCUACAUAUUCACGGGUGGCGAAACGGUGGCUAAUGCAGUAUCAGAACUCUGUCCAUUCUUAUCAAUUACCAUCAUUCUCAAUGGUAUCCAACCUGUCUUGUCAGGGGUGGCUGUUGGCUGUGGAUGGCAAGCAUUUGUUGCCUACGUAAAUAUUGGGUGUUACUACGUUGUGGGAGUUCCACUUGGUUGUCUUUUGGGGUUCAAAUUCCACCUCGGCAUAAAGGGAAUAUGGUCUGGAAUGAUUGGAGGAACACUGAUGCAAACCAUCAUUUUGCUUUGGGUGACAUUUCGAGCCAACUGGAAUAAAGAGGUGGAGAAAGCAAGAAAACAUUUGGACAAGUGGGGAGAAACAAAAGAGCCUCUUUCAAAUGACUAAAAGUGGUUACUAUACCAAAUUAUUGGUUUAAUAAUAUCUCAAAUAUUGGGACAGAAUGUUUAGUCAUCUCGUCUUCUUUCUGAAUUCUCGUGGAUGUAAUCGUCCAAAUUCCAAUGACUUUCUUCUUUUGGCUUCUCUAAUCACUUCCGCAUGUGUCGCAUCUAGAUGUGAAAAUUAAGUUAUGAAAGUUGAAUCGAAGUAGACGAUAUUUUCAAUAAUAUUAUGAC